CGCCGGGAGGGUGGGCUGAGCCAUGCCCGGCGCCCGCCUCACAGCCUGGCCCGGCCCGGCCCGGCUCGGCUCGGCUCGGCGGACGCCCCUCGAGCCAGGCAGGAGGCGGUGGUGCCGGUCCCGUCAGCUGGGGGUCGGUGGGAGCCGAGGGCUCGCUGCUGUGACCCGGGCCGGGACCAGCCGCCUGCCCGGCCCCAGCCCUCGCGCGGGCAGCGGGCCUCGCUGCGCCCUUGGCGGGCGCGUCCCCGGCCGCUCUUCCUCCGCUGGGCCCGAGUUCUCCGGGGGGCGGAGAAAGCCCCCGGCUUGGAGAGCCCCGAGCCGCCGCGUCCCCUGCCCCCGCUUCGGCCUGGGCUGCGGACGGCGAGGAAACGUCAGGCCGGGGAGCCAUUCCGGCGGCCGGCCCGUGCUGAGCGUGCUCGGUGGCCGGGCUCAGGUGCCCCGGUGGCCGGAACAGCGAAGGCAGUGCUCGGACCCACGGCCAAAGCUGAAGGAUCUUGCUUUUUUGAAGUCUCAGUUGGAAAACUUACAGCAGCGAGUGGAAGAUGAGGUGCAGGCUGGAGUGGGCCAGGAUGGUUCUUUGCUGGCAUCUCCGUUUCUCAAAGGGUUUCUGGCAGGUUACAUUGUAGCCAAACUCCGAUCUUCUGCAGUCCUAGGAUUUGUGUUUGGGACCUGCACUGGAAUAUAUGCAGCUCAGGCCUAUGCAGUUCCCAAUGUUGAAAAGACAAUCCGAGACUAUGUCAGCUCACUGAGGAAAGGACCAGACUAGAGGAGAAUUCUUUGGACAACGGUGUACUCCAGAAACAGCUCUUCUCAUCUUAGACAUCCUAGUCAACUUUGACAUGAUCUUAAGGGGCUUUCAGGACUGUAGCUAUAUAUGUCAUUCUGGCCCAUUGUAAAACAUGUUUAAUAUCAGAUCAGUGUGAAAUAUCAGCAGGUCUGAUUACAAAAAUUAUUAAUCAGAAUACCCUGAAGGUAGCAAUCGCGCGUUCAGCUGUCCAGUGCUUGCGAGCUUCAAAAUCUGGAUGUUGACAACUGCCUUUCUCACUGUAAUUUCUUACCCUGCAUUCCCCCCAAGUAGACUGGAAGGGCGGCUGUGUCAGAUCAUCUCUCACGCUAUUUUUACACCCCUUCACAUAUCUAUUCCCUUGCCCAGGAAAUGUGCUUUGUCUGAUUUCUAGGGAGACCUCCAUUUCUUUCCCUGAUGAAGAGCAAACAUGUUCCUCUCCUUGCAUUGAGCAUGUAAUGAAUAGUUCAGUGUCUUCCUAAUUAGACUGUCCUUAAAUAUA